AUGGAACCAAAGAAUGAUACAAGAAUUUCAGAUUUUCUUCUUCUGGGACUUUCAGAUGAAACGAAAUUACAACCCCUCAUAUUUGGGAUUUUCCUCUCCAUGUAUUUGCUCACCAUGAUUGGAAAUCUGCUCAUAAUCCUGGCCAUCAUCUCAGAUUCUCACCUGCACACCCCCAUGUACUUCUUUCUCUCCAACCUGUCCUUCAUAGACAUCUGUUUCACCUCCACCACCGUCCCAAAGAUGCUGGUGAACAUCCAGACACAGAGCAAGGUCAUUACCUAUGCAGGUUGCAUCACCCAGAUGUAUUUUUUCAUGCUCUUCAUAAUAUUAGAUGACUUUCUCCUAGCAGUGAUGGCCUAUGACCGGUAUGUGGCCAUUGGUCACCCCCUGCACUACAUGGUCAUUAUGAACCCCCAGCUCUGUGUGUUACUAGUUCUUUUGUCCUGGGUCAUAAGUUUCCUUACUUCAUUAUUGCAUACUUUAAUGACAUUACGGCUCUCCUUCUGUGCACCAGUGGAAAUCCCCCACUUUUUCUGUGAACUUAAUCAGGUGGUCCACCUUGCCUGCUCUGACACCUUUCUGAAUGACAUGGCGAUCUAUUUUGGAUCUGUGCUGCUGGUUGGUGGUCCCUUCUCUGGGAUCCUUUACUCUUACUGUAAGAUAGUUUCCUCUAUUCAUGCAAUCUCAUCAACUCAGGGGAAGUAUAAAGCAUUUUCCACCUGUGCCUCUCACCUCUCAGUUGUCUCCUUAUUUUAUAGUACAAUUAUACUUGUGUACCUUAGUUCUUCUGUUACUCAAAAUUUUGACUCAAGUGCGGCAGCCUCAGUGAUGUACACCUUGGUCACACCCAUGCUGAAUCCCUUCAUCUAUAGUUUGAGGAACAAAGACGUAAAGACAGCUCUGAAAAGUUUCCUGUGGAGGAAAGGUGGAGGAAAACGAUCAAUAGAUAAACUGUCCUCAUAA